AUGAGCACAACAAUAAGAAGAUUAGGAUUUCUGCGGUCUGUGCGGCGGUACAGUGGGACCUCUGGGUGUGCUGAUAUUGGUAACAAUGGAAAGAUGAGUACUGAAAAUAUCCGUCGUGUGAAUUUGGGAUGUACGAUAACAUACUUGCAGUCAAAUGUCCCACAUCUUCUACAAACUUCUUUACAUGAACCGAGACUAAGCAAAGACAUAGAGUUGAAGAUUAUGCCUAUUACCCAUCCGUACUUGCCAAGCUUCUCCGGAAUAACGAAGUAUUAUGCUGUCUGGAAUAGCAUACGGUUCUUAUUGAACACUUUUGCAUUCUCAGUUGAAAACAGGGUACGUAUUAAAAGCCUUGACGUUGAGAAGCAUGAAGUAAUUAUGAGAUGGGAAACCCAUCCCUUGGCUGCAGAUAAUCUAGGGAGUAUCAAGAAAGCUGAGUCAGAGACGAAAAUUUCAGGGAUCUUUAUCUUUGGUUUGAAUGAGAACUGUGAUAAGAUUACGAGUCAUCUAAUAGAUGAUGUCGAAAUAAUCGAAAAAGAUAAAAAGAUAGAUUUUAGUUCAAAGGUUCAAAAUGGUGCAAUCGCCUACUUCAAGACAUGGUCAGGACCAUGA